AUGGCCAAUUUAAUGGCAGGUGUUUGCGCCAUUAAAGAAGAAUUCAUUAUACCACGACCGGCUAAAACUAGUAAUGCUGAUGCAAAUCCUUCUAAACGUAAGUUUAAUGAUACGAGCGAGGUUGAUGAUAGUUUAGAAACCAAGAAGUGUAAAACAAAUGAUGAAAAAAAUUCAAAAAAUAAAAAGAGAGGACAAAACAAAGCUCGUCCAAAAACAUUUCAAAACGACAAAGAAAGCAAACCAUGUCCAUCUAUAGUUACUGCUGAAUCACAAGAUAGUUUAAAGCCUUGUGAAUACAAAAACUGCAAAUAUAUCCAUAAUCCUAUGGAAUAUUUAAAAUCAAAACCUAAAGAUUUGGGUGAAAGCUGUCAUUUAUUCAAUCUGCGAGGUCGGUGCUCAAGAGGAAUAGCCUGUCGUUUUGGGUCCAGUCAUAUUACCCCAGAGGGGUAUAAUGUCAUUGACAUAGAAAAAGUGAACCAAUGGAAAGAAGAUACAAAAAAUGCUAUCCAACCAUCUCUUCAAACUUUGCUUCAGAAAAGAAAAUAUAAUUUUAACUUUUCUGAGACACUUGUUAAAUAUAUGGACAAAAAAAAGAAGCCCAUACAAAACCAGUGUACAGAAAAUCCAGAGUCCUUGGAAAACCAAUCUGAUAACAAUGCAGACCAAAAAACUAAUAACAGUGGUGCAAUCACAGAUGAGGAUUUGAUUAAAUUAUUGCCAAGAGAAAAGAAGAAAAUAGAUUGGCAAGAUAAAUUAUACCUCAGUCCUUUAACAACUGUUGGCAAUCUUCCAUUCAGGAGAAUCUGUAAACAGUUUGGCGCAGAUAUAACUUGUGGAGAAAUGGCAUUAUGUGAGUCGUUACUCAAAGGUCUAAAACAAGAGUGGGCUCUUGUCAAAAGACACGAAUCUGAGGACUUAUUUGGUGCACAAAUAUGUGGGACCAAUAUAUACCAAAUCACUAAAGUGUCACAAUUACUCCAAGAGAAUACUGAACUUGAUUUCAUCGAUUUAAAUUUAGGGUGUCCUAUUGACUUAAUAUACAAGAAAGGUGGAGGUAGCGGUAUGAUGCACAGAUUAUCAACAUUAGAGGCUUCUGUCACAUGUGCUUCAAAACUACUAAGUAUUCCAUUCACAGUUAAAAUGAGGACUGGUGUCUAUCAAGACAAGAAAAUAACACACACUAUUGUACCAAAAAUGGCUGAUUGGGGGGCUUCACUCAUAACAAUUCAUGGAAGAUCAAGAGAAGCCAGAUACACCAGGUCAUCUGAUUGGGAAUAUAUUGAAACUUGUGCAAAAGCAGCGGCACCUUGUCCAGUUUAUGGUAAUGGCGACAUUCUAAGCUAUGAUGACUAUGUUAGUAGGAGAAAUAUAGCACCAACAGUACAAGGAGUGAUGAUUGGAAGAGGAGCCCUUAUAAAACCAUGGAUAUUUACUGAAAUAAAAGAACAGAAAGUAUGGGAUAUCAGCAGUAGUGAAAGAUUUGAUAUUCUUAAAAAAUACACCAAUUAUGGACUGGAACACUGGGGCUCUGAUAUUCAGGGGGUUGAAAACACACGUCGAUUCCUACUUGAAUGGUUAUCCUUCUUAUAUAGAUAUGUACCCGUGGGAUUGUUAGAAAAACCACCACAAAAAAUUAAUGAGAGACCACCAACAUAUUUUGGUAGAGAUGAUUUAGAAACAUUAAUGGCUUCAGGUAACUGCUCUGACUGGAUAAAAAUUAGUGAGAUGUUAUUAGGUCCUGUACCAGACGGAUUUAUAUUCCUGCCAAAACAUAAAGCUAACUCCUACUAA